AUGUCCAAGAAAACUAAGUAUGCUGGUAUUUGGGAUUUACCAUCACCUUUAAUUCGUGAAAUACUAGUUAAUGAUGCUGAAGUUUCGUUCGAAAAAUUGGUAGAGUUAUAUAAGAGUGAUGAUAAUUAUUCUUCAGUCAUUGAAAGCUGUGUAUGUGUUGUUACAAAUGAUGUUGAAUUCCCAUAUAAUGUUUUGUUGGAAAUAGAAGGUCUCGAAUCUUCGAAAUUUGACUGUUAUAGUGUUGAUCAUGUUACCAACAGGUCUUUGAAAAAAUAUUGUUAUACCUUUUUAGUUAUAUCAGCUCACAAAGAAUGUAGAAAUAUGGAUGUGUGUAUGAAGUUGUUUGAAAAUAUACCAAGUAAAGUGAUAUGGUUUACUAAAGAGUUUAGAAAAAGAGCCAUGUUUUACCAAGGAAAUAAGUAUCACAAAGCAUUACUGUCACCUCCUAGUGGUUUAUUCAAUUGUUUUACUGGAAAAAUGAAAUCAUGUGAAGGAUGGGUAUCAUUUGUAUUUGAUAAUGAUCAGGAGGUAAAUGUUGGAGAUACUUCUUCUACAUUCAGGGUUGAUAAUAUCGUUGAAAUUACAAUUCACAACACAGCUUCUCAUCACUGGUAUUAUAUGUCUGAUUUAAAGCUACCAAAACUCCGUCACAUGGGUAUCUAUUCUUUAAAUUGUCCAGAGGAAGAACUUAUUUAUGAAGCUGAAGAUUCAAGUGAGUUCCUGGAUAUUCAAACAGCUAAUAAAUGGGUUUAUUCACCACCAAGUCAAUGCUAUAGAAUUAUCUUCCAGAACUGCCAGUUUCCAGCCAUCAAAAAUAUCAUGUUUGAUAACAGCACCAAACUAGAGGCUAUCAAAGACUGUGAGUUUCCAAAGUUAGAAACACUUUCUUGUAAUAAUAAUUUUUAUUUACUUAUUCAAAACACCAACCUGGAAAACUUGAAGAUUUUCACCAUAAAGAGCACAAUCAAUUGCUCAGAGAUCUUUAGGGAAAAUUUAAGUUACUCAUCGGAAUCGUUUAUCCUUGAUCUUGAAGAUGGUUUUCAUAAAUUUUGCUCAAUGCAUUAUAUUUCAAGAGAUCGCAUAAAAAGAUUUCCAGCGUUGAUUCUGGAUAAUACAAAGCUGAGCUCUUUAGAAACGUUCAAAAUUCCAGAUAUUAGCUAUUUGUUGACCGCUGGUUUUGAGAAAGAAAAACUUGAGGAUUUGGAUGUUCAAAUUUUGAAAUGA